CCGCUGGAAGUCCGCUCCCUGACAGUUGCUGGGGAUUCAGUAGGCUAAUUUAAAAGAACUGCAGAGACAUUGGCGAGUACCAUACAUGAUUACCAGUUAUUUUCAACCUUCAUCGUGAGGUGCAUGUUCCAGUAGUUGCUGAAGUUUUCCGGAGUUCCGAGGUCCAAAGUUGGCAGACGGCGCAUACUGCACGCAUGCGCUUCACAACACCGACCAGCUCCAAAUAAGAGUUAAAACAGAACGAGGUGGGGAGUGGAGCGGGGAGAGAUGACAGACACCCUGCCCAGCGAUGCUCCUGCCCCGGGGGCAGACUUUGACAUGAUGAGUGCCCUGGACUGGCAAGACGGCAUCGCCACCCUGCCUGGGAGUGACAUCAAGUUUCGCAUGACAGAAUUUGGAACUUUGGAGAUAGUUACCGAAGCAGAGGUCAAAGAGACGGAGACGGAGACUAAGGCAAAGACCGCCCCCGCACACAGUCCCACCCCUCCACCAGAGGCCCAAUCAGAGCCUGGCACUGCCAGAUCCCCAGCCAAUCAGCUCCACACCCCUGCAUUUGAGGCUUCAGGCCCAGUGCUCCUGUCUCUAGAGGAGGGCCCCACCAUGGAGGGCCCCAGCGCGGAGGUGGGCCCCAGCGCGGAGGUGGGCCCCAGCGCGGAGGUGGGCCCCAGCGCGGAGGUGGGCCCCAGCGCGGAGGUGGGCCCCAGCUCGGAGGUGGGCCGCAAGGUGGAGGUGGGCCCCAGCGCCGAGGUGGGCCUCAAGGUGGAGCUGGCUCGCUGUAUCUCCUGUGGGGGCUCAGGUGCUCAGGGCAGAUUCUGCAGCUGUGUUUGUGCUCAGCCCUCCAGCGGAAGGUCCUCCCCUGGCGAGCCCAGGGAGAGAGAGGGGGCGGAGGGCGAGCGGUUGGGGAAACGAGUUCGCAAGAAGAGGAAGAUCUACAUGGACUCUGGUGACGAGGAGGAGGAUAACCAGGAAGAGGAAGAGGAGAAGAGCAAGGGCAGCAAAGGCCGGAGAGCUGCUAAACUGGCCAGGCUGGUGACUGCCCCGUCCAAUAAGAAGCGAGCGUGGAGCUGGCCGGCCUACCUGGAAGAGGAGAGGGCUGUAGCUGCCCCCGUCAAGCUGUUCAAGGAGCACCAGUCAGUCCCUCAGAGCAGGAAUGUCUUCAAGGUGGGGAUGAAACUGGAAGGGCUGGACCCCUGCCACCCCGCUCUCUUCUGUGUUCUUACAGUCGCUGAGAUCCAGGGGUACCGGAUCAGGCUGCACUUUGAUGGGUACCCUGAGUGCUAUGACUUCUGGGUAAAUGCUGACUCGUGGGACGUGAAGCCUUCUGGCUGGUGUGAAAAAAUGGGGCACAAACUGCUGCUGCCAAAAGGGUGUAAAGAUGGAGAAUUUAACUGGAGCAUGUAUGUAAAGAACUGCAGGGGCCAACUGGCCCCCAAACACCUCUUCAAGAGCCUCAACACUUCGGUGACUCCCUCGGGGUUCCGUGCGGGGAUGAAGCUGGAGGCGGUGGACAGGAAGAACCCGUCUCUGAUCUGCGUAGCGACCAUCUCUGCUGUCGUUGACAACAGACUACUCAUUCACUUUGAUAACUGGGAUGACACCUACGACUACUGGUGUGAACCCAGCAGUCCUUACAUCCACCCUGUGGGCUACUGUGAGGAGGCGGAGCUAACCCUCACCACACCAGCUGAGUACAAACAGCCCAAGAGCUUCUCCUGGGAGAAAUACAUGGAGGAGACCAGCACUCAAGCUGCCCCUGCACGAGCUUUCAAACAGAGGCCACCUCACGGGUUCCAGGUUGGGAUGAGGCUGGAGGCCGUGGAUAAGAGGAAUCCCAUGCUCAUCCGCGUAGCAACCAUCGCCGAGGUGGAGGACCACCGACUGAAGAUUCAUUUUGAUGGCUGGAGUAGGGAGUAUGACUACUGUGUGGAGGCUGACAGCCCUGACCUGCAUCCUGUGGGCUGGUGUCAGAAGACAGGGCACCCCCUGCAACACCCCCACGGCUCCACAGACGUGCUGCUCCUCCCAGGCCAGGGCUGUCCUACCCCAGGAUGCAAUGGGGUCGGACACAUCCGGGGGCCGCGCUACGGAACACACUACACGCAGGUGAGCUGCCCCUACUCAGAGAUGAACCUGAACAAGGAGGGGCUGGUUCCUGACCGUCUGAGUGGAGAACGACCCACCGCCCUCAGCGGGCCUCAUCACCGCGUGAGACGGCCAGACCUCCAGACGCACACACCCACCACGCCGACACACACACCCAACACGCCGACACACACACCCACCACGCCGACACACACACCCGCCACACCAGAGCUGCCCGAGGCUGCAGAGGACUCUCCUCAGAACAGGAGACUUCCCGUGGAGGGGGAGCGUUCUGUGCGCAGCAGCCAGUCGGAGCAACCGGAAGCUGCACCGGGGGCAGCACCGGGGGCAGCCAGUGAGAGCGGCCACAACGGCCCUCGACCUAAGAGGUCAGCUCUAGUUCCUAAGUACCUUAAGCUGCAUUUGGUGAAGCAGGAGGGAGGAGGAGAGGGCAAAGGGUCCCAGUCUCUCCAGCAGGCUCUCCAUGAGUCUGUGUUCUCCCCAGGCGUCUCCUCCUCCCCCCCCCACAGGGUGGUGCUGUGCUGGGACAAACACUGCCAGCUGCUCCCUGAGGUGCUGGGGCUCACCGCCAAGAGAGUGGCUGCCUGGAGCGCUGAGGAGGUGGCCAGUUUUGUCCGAGGGCUCCCAGGCUGUAAAGAGCAUGCUGCUACCUUCAGAACAGAGCAGAUAGACGGCGAGGCGUUCCUGCUGCUCACCCAAUCAGACAUCGUUAAGAUCCUGUCAAUCAAACUAGGCCCCGCCUUGAAGAUCUACAACUCCAUCCUCAUGCUGAAGAAUGCUGACGAGGAGUAGAGACCAGGCAGACGUCUCCAGGGUCCUCGUGAGGAGAGACCAGGCAGACGUCUCCAGGGUCCUCGUGAGGAGAGACCAGGCAGACGUCUCCAGGGUCCUCGUGAGGAGAGACCAGGCAGACGUCUCCAGGGUCCUCGUGAGGAGAGACCAGGCAGACGUCUCCAGGGUCCUCGUGAGGAGAGACCAGGCAGACGUCUCCAGGGUCCUCGUGAGGAGAGACCAGGCAGACGUCUCCAGGGUCCUCAUGAGGAGAGACUAGGGAGACGUCUCCAAGGUCCUCAUGUCCGAGGUUUCUGAUGCUCAGUCAAGGAAAGAAAGAACGACUCAGUAGACUGGGGGGCUGGGUGACCCUGCAUCACAGGAAUCGAGACCAGACAAGACGUCUAACAGACACCUUCUACAGGAGGGACGUACUGUAACAAAGAUCUCUUUAAUUUAUUUGAAUGUUUUCUGGAUGAUCAAGAAUUUACUUGCUGGCACCUUUUGAGGCUUUUAAGUGCUGAAUAACAUUGGUUUCAAUUUCAUAUAAAUGUUAUAGUGAUAAUGAAUUUGGUCUAAUUUUCAAUUAAAAGAAAUGUUGCCUAGCACUGAACAAAAUGAACAAGUUCUGUUCAUAAUGUGUUGCUUUUACUUGAAUCUUUGUUUUUUUAUGGCUGCAAGAACAAGCUAGAGCGUUGUGGUCAGAGCUGCUGUUGAAACAGCAGGGGGCAGCAGAGCUGCUGGUGAAACAGCAGGGGGCAGCAGAGCUGCUGGUGAAACAGCAGGGGGCAGCAGAGCUGCUGGUGAAACAGCAGGGGGCAGCAGAGCUGCUGGUGAAACAGCAGGGGGCAGCAGAGCUGCUGGUGAAACAGCAGGGGGCAGCAGAGCUGCUGGUGAAACAGCAGGGGGCAGCAGAGCUGCUGGUGAAACACGGCAAAGGGGGGAGGAGGGAUCGUAGAGGCACAGGCGCGUGUGCGUGCGUUUAUAUAUGAGGAUGUCAUUUCCUGACUGCUCCUUCAUGUUUCUCCUGCUGUUUGUGUUGAGAGGAUGAUGAGGAUAUGUGAUAAACCAGAAGACGGCAGGCAGCUUGGGACAGCAAAAGAAAAGAAAAAUGGCUUCUUUGAAUUUUGUGUCAGUUAAUGAAUGUUGAUGAAUUUGAAUAUGCACAUGACUCCUUGUUUUAAUGAAUAUAGUUUAUCGUUAUUUUAGGUGUUUCUAAGGUGAUGUAAAUCUGACACAGAUGCAAAGCUUCAUUUGAACUGACAACCUGCACUACAGUCAGAAGGACUUCUGAACGUUGAUGCAAAUGAACAAAUCUAACCCUAAUGAUAGUGUUCACAGAAUAAAAAAAUAUACAAAUUGUGCUUUGCACCUCAAUGUAAAAAGUUUGUAAAAAUGUUAAGCAUUUUUUGCCUGUGUAAUAUGAUACAUGCAUCUCAGUUCGGUGAGUUAGAAUAUGUACAUAAUAUUAACUUUUUUUCUUUCCUAAAGGAGAUAUGUAUGUAGUAUUUAAGGGGUUCGGAUAUGAAUUUUUUUCUUUGUGAAGUUGAUUGUCAGAUGGAAUUUGGGUGAAUGGAAUAAAUGAUGCACACUGCCUGUGUGGUCAACUAUU